AUGCAGCAAACAAAGAAUGCCUCGCCAACCCCGAGCUCGCGGACGCCGCAGGCUAAGGCCCAGAAACUCAAAAAGGCGGGAUCUAGAAGAACCAAGCAUGGCUCGCCCGAGAGCCGCCGUUCUAUGCGGCAAGUCGCCGACGAACGAGACGACUUCGACAUGCGUCCGCCUGACAGUGGCGUCUUCUCUCCAUCGAUACCUCAACAGACUGUGCAAGGACAUGCCCAAGGAGUCAGAGUUCACACUGCCCGCUUACCGCACCUGGGCAGAGGCAGCCCCCUGACGCGACCCACGGACGGGGCGCCACAAACGGGACCGCAGCGUCGUAGUCCCUCUACUACUGCCAGGGACACCGCUGCCGCGGGCAACCUCCCGAUGUCACGCGAUGGUUACGCGGACGUUGCGCAGAGCCCAGCGUCGCACCGGUCGGGCCCAGGCAGCUCCACGUUCCUAGCAUGGAGUCCAAGAACUCAUUCGCCCAGCUCGCCCUCAGGCUCCGCAGCCUUCCUCAGACAGCCAGCCUUCAGCUCACCCCUUCUGCCCCAGGAUCCGCUCUACGACGUAACGUCAAAACGGGCUCGCUCCAUCGGACCUCUGUGGGCCACUCUGUGCGUACUGGCGGUUGUUGUGCUCGCGGCGGUCGUGGCAGUGGCGAUCAUGAAGGCUUCCUGGUAUUCGGUGGCGCCGCUAUCGAGCCCGUGCUCGACGCAUGCCUGCCUCGCCUACUCGACCCGGAUCCUUGCAUCGCUCAACGAAUCCGUGAACCCGUGCAAGAGUUUCACGCGCUUCGUUUGCGAUGGCUGGCGGAAGGCGCACAGGAGUGACGUGUGGGACUUACAGUUCUUGCACGUGCUGGACAGGCUUACCGCCUCGCUGAAGGACAUCACCGUGCCGCCGACGGGGCAAAACGAGGAGCAACGAGCUGCCGCCGUGUACCGCAGCUGCGUAUCUCUGCUUGAAGGUAGCAGAGACGAGCUGCCGGCGGUCCUGAAGGCGCUCGACGACGCCGGCAUCGUGUGGCCACAGCCGUCUACGGGCGCGGAUGUGCUUUACACGCUGCUCUACUGCUCCAUGAAGCUGGGCUGGGACGUGCUACUCAACUUCUACGUCGUGGCUAACGGCAACGGCAGUGCGGUCGAGCUGGUCGCAGCUCCGGGCAGGCUAUUCUCAUUCCCAUACGAGAAGUACUUGCGCCUGGAGGCGGCUGAAGAUCGCGCGGCUUACUUCGAGUUUCUCGCGCAUCGCUUGCGGGGCAACGGUACAGUCACCUUAACGUACAACCAGACGCAAGGUUUGGAGGAGCAUGCACUAGCAACCCUACCGUACCAUAUAACUUCGACGGUGCGCGCAGGCAGCGUCGAGGGUUUUCCGGAUACGACGGACAUUGGCCUGACCGAAGCGAAAUGGAUGGCGGUUCUUCGGAAGCUUGACGCGAAUCUCACCAAAGUGUCCUCACUCAUGACGACGAAUAUUCGUUAUGUUAACGUAUUGCUGAAACUCUGGAGGUCGUACGACUCGGACUUGUUUCACGAGUUGGUCUCCUGGUUCACGGUCCAAGUGGCCGCUCUGUUCGCCAACAGGGAGCUCAUUUACAACUAUUACGACGACAAAUACAACAUGGGCCAUAUCUACUACGGUAUCUUCUGCGCCGCCAGAGCCAUGUUCUUCUCUAGGCAGGCACUGUUCGCGAGAUACAACGCCGAUGUUCUCCAGGGCAAGGCAGGGUCCAUCGCUAGGGAAUUGACGCUCUCAGUGCGUAACGCCUUCCGGCGACGUCUUUCCAACUGGACAUAUUUCGACGAGAACAUCACCGUGGUCGCCAACUGGAGCUCGCUGGCGACGGUGUUUUCCAACAUGGAAGAGAGCUCUGAAGAGAAUGAAACCAGAAUCCGAGGCCAGCUGCCGGACAUGACCGACUCGUUCUUGAAGAACUGGCAGCACUCGGUACUAGUCAGGAACGAGCCCGAGGUGGAAGACAUGCUGCAGUCUAUGCUUCACCUAAACUAUUACGUCAUAUCUUACGAAAAAAGGGACUUUCAGUUAAUGCCUUACGCCCUGUCAUUUCCUCUGUUCGAUGCAAUGCUGCCAUCGUCCGUAAACUACGGCGGCUUCGGGCUCGAGAUUACUCAAGCGAUGAGCGACUUGCUUCUAGGCUUCUACGAGACCUCCGUGAUUCCCCAAAAUAUGUCCCUAGCCGAGUGCCUGAUAGCGAGUCAGUUUGGCGGCGUCUUUGACCCUCAAUUUUACGAAUCGCAAACUUUUGGUCUCAACGCUCUCGUGGACGCCUACGAACUCACCGGCCGGACCUCGGACAACGCUUUGCAAGGACUGGAGAAGUACCGAGGGUUGCCGAUGUUGUUCAUCGCUAUGUGCUACUUUCAGUGUGUCGGCAGCAUCGACGAGGGAGAUGGUGAGGCUGUGUGCAAUCUACCACUCCAACAGCUGCCCCAGUUUGCGGAAGCGUUUCACUGCGCUCCAGGCGAGCCACUGAACCCUGCCAAACGUUGCGAACUUCUUUGA